AUGCAAACGUGCUAAUAACGUGAAAUAAUUAACGCUCGCUAACGUUAACGUUACAAGACCUCUCUGGCUAUGCGGAGUGGUGGUGUUUGCUGCGGCAUGUAACCUUUUGCGAAUGUGUCUUCAGUCAUAAGCUCCUUGCCAUGGUAUCUUAUAAGAGGCUGAGCCCAGAGGAGGUGCACUUUUCUGGUGCUCCUCUUCUGGAGCCUCCUCCUGAUGAUUCUGGGAACAGUGCGGUGAGAGCUGAAGAUCCAGAGCUUCCUCUGCUAGCCCGGAGACCACAAUGUUCCUCCACCACCGCUCUUUUGACCCUAGGAGGGCUUAUUCUUGUCGUCCUUGCCAUCUGGUUAUUGGGAACUGUACUUUGGCUACGGAGUCCUCCUUCCUCAGAAGUCCACAAACCUCUGACACCAGUGGGCCCUUCAAGCCAGACCAGGGGGCAGGGAGGUGGGACACAGCAGCCAGAGGCCUGCUCCCUUAUUGCAGAGGCUUGGAGGUUCGACUGCUACCCAGAGAGAGGCGUUGUGGUAACCGAGGAGAUGUGUCAUGCCAGGAAUUGUUGUUUUGUGCAUGACUCAAAGGCCCGCCCACCGGGGCAGAACGGAGUGCCAUAUUGCUUUUAUCCACCAGACUUUCCAUCUUAUGAGCUGGUGGCCAUCAAUGACGUGGAGAUGGGUUAUACGGGGAAACUGAUCCGUACACAGAAGACCUACUACCCUAAGGACAUAGAGACAUUGCAGUUUGAUGUGCUAUACGAGUCCAACAACCGACUGCGCAUGAAAAUAACAGACCCAGCAAAUGAGAGGUAUGAGGUGCCCAUUGACGUGCCUGUGGUGAAAACAAGGGCUCCAAAUCCAAUGUAUACUGUGGAGUUCAUCAAAAAACCGUUUGGGCUCAUUGUCAAGAGGAAACAAAACGGCGCUGUUUUGUUGAACACUACAGUGGCCCCACUCUUCUAUGCGGAUCAGUUCCUGCAGAUGUCCACGUCGUUGCCAUCCACUUUUGUCUAUGGUCUGGGUGAGCAUCGCUCCAACCUUCUGCAUGAUGUGCAGUGGAACACACUCACCAUGUGGGCUCGUGAUGCAGCACCUGUGGAGUUGACUAACCUUUAUGGUGCUCAUCCGUUUUCCCUUCUUAUGGAGUCUGAUGGACUGGCGCACGGGUUGUUUCUACUCAACAGCAAUGCUAUGGAUGUUGUUCUCCAACCGGCACCAGCACUCACAUGGCGCACCGUUGGGGGAAUACUGGACUUGUAUGUCUUCCUGGGGCCUGAUCCAGCUUCUGUGAUCGGAGAGUACUUGGAGGUCAUAGGAAAGCCUGCCAUGCCUGUGUACUGGGCACUGGGAUAUCACCUUUGUCGCUGGGGCUAUGACUCCAGUAAUAAAACAUGGGAGGUCGUGAAAGAAAUGAGGAACUAUGGCAUACCCCAGGAUGUACAGUGGAAUGACAUUGACUACAUGGACAAUGCCCUAGACUUCACCUACAACCCUGUGAACUUCUCAACCCUGCCUAAUCUUGUGAAUGACCUUCACAUAAAUAACCAGCACUAUGUCAUGAUUCUGGAUCCUGGUAUAAGCAGUACACAGCCUGCUGGUUCUUAUUGGCCUUUUGAUGAGGGAAUAAGGAAAGACAUCUUCAUCAACAACUCCAGUGGAGACCUGCUUAUUGGGAAGGUCUGGCCCGGACUCACGGCUUUCCCAGACUUCUCUAACCCAGACACACAUGAAUGGUGGUACCAAAACCUUCAGAAAUUUCACAGCAAAGUUCCAUUCGAUGGGCUGUGGAUUGAUAUGAAUGAACCGUCCAAUUUUUUUGAUGGGUCUGUGAAUGGCUGCCCUGAAAAUGAAUUAGAAACCCCUCCUUACACACCAGGUGUUCUGGGGGGCACUCUGAGGGCUAAGACAGUGUGUGCAUCUGCACAGCACAAAACCACCUCUCACUACAAUGUGCACAGCUUGUAUGGGCUCAUGGAGGCCAAGGCUUCAGCAAGCGCUUUGAAGAGGAUCCUGGGGAAGCGUCCAUUUGUGAUUUCCCGCUCCACGUUUCCGAGUCAGGGCUUGUACUCCGGCCACUGGCUUGGGGACAAUAGGAGUCGAUGGAAAGAUUUAUACAUGUCCAUUCCAGGCAUGCUGACCUUUAACCUUUUGGGCAUUCCGCUGGUGGGAGCAGACAUAUGUGGCUUUUCAGACAAUAGCACCGAAGAGCUCUGUGUGCGCUGGACUCAGUUGGGCACAUUCUACCCGUUAAGCAGAAAUCAUAACACCAAAGAAUCACAGGCUCAGGAUCCGACCAUGUUCAGUCCUGCAGCGCGCGCAGCAAUGAAGGAAGCCCUCCUGCUGCGCUAUUCCCUCUUCCCCUUCCUCUACACACUCUUCCACCAUGCCCACCUCAAUGGACACACGGUUGCCAGGCCUCUGUUUUUUGAAUUUCCUUUGGAUAACAAAACAUAUAGUAUAGAUAAACAGUUCCUAUGGGGGAAGAGUUUAUUGGUGACACCAGUUUUGGAGCCAGGAGUGGAUUAUGUUGUUGGCUACUUGCCCAAGGGCGUCUGGUAUGACUUUUACACGGGCGAGUCAUUGGUCAGCAAGGGUGAAGAGGUCAAGCUUCAUGCACCUCUGGACAAAAUCAUUCUGCAUCUGAGAGAAGGAACCAUCACACCGACACAGAGACCCAACACUACUCUGUGGGUGAGCAGUGGACAGCCCUUGCACUUGAUCACGUGUCUUAGUGAAGAGGGCCUGGCAGAGGGAGAUCUCUUUUGGGACGACAGAGAUUCCCUCGACACAUACGAGACUGGCCACUAUGCCUAUAUCACCUUUAAACUGAGAAAGAACACAAUGACCUCAGAGGUGGUGCACAGUGAUGUGGAGGCCACGUACAUCACAGUGGAGAUGGUUUCGUUUUAUGGUGUGAACACCAAGCCGAACAGUGUCAUCGUGAACUCACAAGAAGCUGAAUUCAGCUACACAGCCAAUCAGGUGUUGACUGUAGAAGACUUGGGUCUCAACCUUGGUCAGAACUUCACCAUCAGAUGGAUGUAAUCUGAAAUGAAUUGGUGAUUAGAAGGUAGAACCUGGAAUCCAUCAGCAUCUUGGGACAUGAGGUUCAAGUGCUUGGUCUGUAUCUUCUGAUUGUAAUGCCUCAUAGCUGAAAUGUGACUUAAGUACACUUGAGAACAGUGAUUGACUGAUCGAUAGGUUCAGUAACAGUAAAUUUAUCUCUUGGAGAUGAUCUCAAACGUUCAGAUUAAUAAGUCUGAUCACUGUUGGUCUUUGUAAUUUCUGGUUUUACUGUUUUUCUUUUUUACUUGAAAACCAAGAGAAAAUCUGUGAAUGGUACUACAUACUAGUGUAUUUGACCUAACAUAUAUGUAGGUCAAGAGAAACAUUUAUCUAAUGACUAUUUAUUAUUGUCCUGGCAUUCAGGGGAGGGGGCUUGUGCAAUACAUUUAAAGGGCAGCAAAUGACACUUCUGAACAUGUGAAAUUUCGUGUCUAAUGACUUUGUAACCAGCCUUGUUUUCCAGGCAUAUGGGUUAGUUGCUUCAUUUACAGAAGAAUCAGAGUAUUGGAUCAUAUUAACAGCCAGAGGCAAUGAUGUUACCAUCAUUUUACACUGCUGUUUGUGUAAUCAUACUUUUAGGAGAGUUGCUCUGAGUUGUCCCAGACACUCAUAAUUACAUGCUGUUGGAUUGGAUCAUGGUAGACUGUAUACUUACUCUUUACUUAAGCUUAAUUGCACUAAUGUAACUAAUGUAUAGAUGACAGUGUACAACUGUUGCAUGUUUAAAUGUCAUCAAUGCCAGUGGCUUACAGUUUGUCUGGGAAUGAGCCUGUGAACCAUUUAAAAUCAACAAGGAGAAGGACUGAAAAUACAUGCAACACGUUGGUGAGAAUUUCUGACAUUACAUAUUUCAUCAUGAAACACUGUGCAGUAGUUUGAAAGGCUUAAUAAGGGUGUGUAUUUAGGUCACUUGCAAGAGGUCUCAGCUUACAUAGCACAUUGUGCCUUAUAAUGCUUCAAAACUGAUUUACUGUGAAGUUGCUUUAUUUUGAAUGUACAAAGUGGAGAGCUGCUUCUAAAAUCACAAUUGGGCAGUCUGCUACACCUAAAUAAGAAUAUCUUGGCAUUUAGAUUGAAAAAUUACUGUGCAUGCAUGCAUGCAUGCAUACAUAUAUAUACAUACACACACCAAAUUAGGAUUAAACAAAAUGCACGCUUCAUAUUAUUUGCAAAUCUACUAAUUUCCUCUUUUACAUUUAUUGGGUUUACAGUGUUGCAAUACAGUGAUUAGCCUCAGUUGUGAUGUGCUACAUUGUACUUCUAAUCACUUAGUAGUGUGUGCAUGUUUUCAGACUUGAUUAUUUUAGCUUUGAAAAUCUUUAAAGUAUUAAAGGGUAGAGAGUAAUAUGCAUUAAGGCUGUGUUCCCAAAGAUUCCAUUUGAAUUUUCUGUUCUAUAUGUUCUUGCUGUUUGAUUGUAUUUAAAUGUGAUCUUGUUUAGCUCCAGCAAAAUGCACUCCAUGUUAUGUACCUUUUGUGUAUCUCUCCACCUCACUGGAUUAGCAUGUGAAAAUGCUGAAAACAUAACCACAUCUGUUCUCACAUUCAUCUCUCAAGAUUGAUAUUUUAGUCAAAUAGUGAAAUUUGUUCUGAUGACCCUAGGGUGUGUUGUUCAAUAAAACAUGCCUUGCUUAGCCUAUUUAAUUAGUA